UUACACGAGGAUCAACCUCAAUCUCUCUGGCGUCAUUUACUGUUUGUUAUACCUUCGGCUCCUCAUUCAGAAGAUCAGGCAACUUUCAUGACAAUUUAUCUUGAAAAUAUCUUAACAUUCUUUUCCAAUAUUCACACUAAGCUUGGCAUCCUGAAAGAUGAGCGUUGUAGGACUUGUCUUCAUCCAAACGGUUAAUGAAGUCGCUUGUGUGUUUCACUCUUGGCCACCAAUUGGGGUGACUGUUGAGCCAACUUAAACCAACCUCUUCCCUCAGAAGCCAAAUUGUAGGAUAUGUCUGCGCUGCAGUGGGAAACUCGAACAUUUGUAUUUCAAACAAAGGCACUUUGCAUAGAGUACAUUUACUCAAGACUCGCUCGAGAGGAGUUAAUCUACCCAACUGUGGAAUAUGAACAUCUAAAGUCAAGUGGAACACCUGAAGAAGUUUUUGCAGUGCUCCUGAAAUUAGGUGAUGAAUUGGAGACCAUGAGCCCAUAUAUUUAUCGUGAUGUUGCAAAGCAGCUGAACAUUUUGGUUGAUGUGGAGAACAUGGUGUCAGAUGCCUUUUUUAGUGUUGCGAUGGAGAUAUCGUCCUCCGGAAUGACAUGGGGGAAAGUGGUGGCCAUUUAUGCAUUGGCAGGUGCGCUGGCUGUGGACUGUGUGCGGCAGGGCCAAACAGAAAUGAUUUCCACUCUAGUAGACAGCAUGGGAGUGUUUGCUUGCAAGGGCCUGGCCCCAUGGCUUAUCCAGCGAGGUGGAUGGGUGGAUAUUGCAAAUUGUGUUGUCAAACCGGCCCCAAACCUUCAGUCCUACUGGUUGAACAUCCAUAUGAAUUUCAUCACCUCCUGGAAAAACCUUUGGCAGAUAAUGUUCAUUAAACUGACAAAGUCAUGGUGAGAAUGACCUGAACUUGAAUCACUGCUGAAUUUUUCCCCCCUGAGAAUUUCCACUGAACAGUAGUUUUGAGAUUAAAAUGUUUGUAAAGCCUAAACGCGUUUUAAACACAGAGGGCUGAGGGCACAUUGUUUCCUGAAUGAAGGAUGUUUUAUCUGAUGUCGUUUAAACUGAUAUAUUUUUACUGAAAAUCUCUUACCGUGGAAAACCAUGUAUCACAUCAUAAAUUCAUGUAUUACAUUUCACAUUUACAUUAUGUGUUUUUGGGAUGAGUAGGCCGGCACCUGAUACACUUCAAACCACCUCAAGAACGAUGCAUUAAAUCACCAUAAUGAUCUCUUCCUCCCCAAAUGAAUCAUAGCUAGACCAAGCUAAUGUCUGGAAGAUCGUAUAGAUGUGUGUUGAGUCCAUUUGAAAUCAUUUUUCAAACCUAUUUUGGAAAUGUAGUAAUGUCACAAUGGUGUUACAAUUGGUCACUGUAGUGACAGGCAGGACAAACACCAUUGCCCAGUUUUUCUAAAUCUCCAUUUUUGUACUGUCUAGAGUCAGAUUUACUUGCUUUCUCUUUCUCUCAUUUACUUCAUUCAUCACUUAUUCAGUCUCUUAUUCAUUCUAUGAUUAGGCUAUAUAGACUUCUGUUGGACCAAUUAAGAAUAUAUAAUGUAAAAAGAAUAAUUAUUAUACAGUAAAUGAUAAAUAUUAAAAAAGAAAAA